AGAGGGAGAAGGUGACGUACACGUAGUGGUGGGCACUGAGGGCGGACUCUGUCUCUCCUUAUUUCGUUUUUUUUUUCUGUCUUCUCUACCCAGCCGAGGGCGACAGGAAUGCUGCGCUUCACGUCCGCCCGCUUCGCCAGUAAGGUGACGGCGGGAAACGCGAAGAACCAGGCCGGCUCCCCGCGGAAGAAGGCCAAAAUAUUCCACGUCAUCCCCGGCACCCCGGUGACGCCGAUAGAGAAGCUAAAAGAGCAGCGACGUCGCUUCGGUCAAGAUCGAUACUCCCGCCAGCCGGAGUACCGCCCGGGCCGCAACGUACGCAUGGACCCCAACACCUUCACCCUCUACGCCACCACGAAGGGGGUCAUGACGAUCCGCACCUCGCGCAUCAACCCGUCCUACAAAUGGCUGGACGUGGAGCCGGACAUCCAGAAGGUGUCGCGCAGUCAGCAGAUGCGGGCGGCGCUGGCGGCGCGUGGAAAGGCGUCGAUGAUGGUCCGAGCAAACCCGCACUACGCGGCGGAGUUGGAUCAUAUAGAGGAGCCGCACUGGCGGGAGCGGGUGAUGACGGUGCCGAAGGCGACGGAACGCUUUCAGGACCCCAAUUUGCUGUCGCGCGGACUCGUGCCAUCGCUUCACCCGCUUAGCCGAUACACCUACGAAUAG